UAAGGCAGAUCCCUGUGUGAACACAGCCUUUGUCUGCUGAUUCACAGCUGCUGCAGCGAUGCUAAAUUUGCAGUGCACCUGCAGGGUACUAGUUUGCCUCUCCCUGCUGGCUGAGAAUGUGCUCUCUGGGAAGGUGCUGGUGUGGCCUGCGGAUUACAGCCACUGGAUGAAUCUGAAACUGGUGACUGAAGAACUGGCAAGCAUGGGCCAUAACAUUACAGUGCUGGUCCAUUCAGCAUCCCUUUCUGUCAACGCUACUUCAGCUUCCGCUCUUCAUUUUGAACCCAUCGAGGUUGGAUUUACAUCUGACAGGCUGCGAUCACUGUGGGAAAAAUUCCUGCGUUUCUGGGUCUAUGAGAAAGCUCAGGUCUCCUUCUGGGAAAUGCAUAGCAUGAUGAGGAGCCUCUCACGUAGCGUUUCUCACACGCAGAGGCAGAUAUGUGAUGGGGCAGUAAAAAGCAGGAAGCUGCUGGAAAAGCUGCGGAUGUCCCAGUAUGAUGUCCUCCUCUCAGACCCAGUGCUGCCCUGUGGGGAGCUGCUGGCGGAGCUGCUGAGGGUGCCGUUUAUCUUCACCCUGAGGUUUUCCCCAGGUUUGCAUUUGAGAGACUGUGUGGUCAGAUAUUGGCUCCUCCUUCUUACGUGCCAGCUGCCACCUCUGAUCUACAAGAAAAUAUGUCCUUCUUGGAAAGGACUGAAAACCUAUUGCUCUACCUCAUUCAUGACCUUCUGCAGCUCCUGA